CCCAGAGGCAGAAGGAGAAUGAGAGGCAGGCAAGAAGAUGAAGCUAAUGGCUUGAGACAAAAACCACACGAUUCUCCCUAUCGCAUCUCCUUCUUUCAAUUCAUUCAAUUCAUUCCCUCUGGGAUAAUAAUACUCUUUUCUUGUGCAAAUAUUAAAAAUCAUAUUCCCAAGUAAAAAAAACCCAUUAUUGAAGAUGAGAGGUUGCUGAAUAGACAGUUUUGAUAGAUGAUGGCAACUCUACCUGUGUGUUCAGCUACUGCUUCCUUUUCUUCCCAUACGCAGAUUCCUCCUACCUAUGAGGGGUUGAGAUCCUUUUCCUCCUGUUGGAAGACAUACCAGAUGAAAUGCAAUGUCACUGACCGGGUGUCUAAUUCAUUCCAUCUGAGAUUUGUUGAUACUUCUGCUCUACCUAAGUCCGUAACUAGAGGAGAAUUGGCUUCAUUUAACUUGGAUACAAGUUCCUUAUCUGAUGUGAAAUCAUAUGCUAUGGAUGUUUUUAAGAAUGGACAAAGUUAUUUGAACAAUUCACUUGAUGGAACUAGCUCAUCUGUUACAUCAGCUCUUAGACAAGCAGUUGAUCAAGUGAUUAGUAAAUUGCCAUCAAAAACAGGGGAGUCGGCGGUGACAACCUUGAAAGAAGCCUCUGGUAGAGUUGGUGUUCUUGCUGUUGAUGCAUUGAGACAUAUAAUUCUCAUUGUUGAGGAUUCGGUAUCACGAUUUGUUGUCUAUGCUUAUGGGUCCGUAAUGGAGAUGCUUCCUCCAGAGAUCCAGGAUGUGCUAAAUGUUUCGCUUCUCACUCCAUUGCGACAGGGUUAUGUUGCUCUGGAGGGUUUGGAGAGGAACCUUGGCAUGGAUCCAAGUGACCCAAUUAUUCCGUUUGUUCUUUUCCUUGGGGCAUCAACCUCUUUUUGAUUUCUGCAGGGCUUUUUAUUGGGUAUUGACCUAUGGUGGAUAUGCUGGAAAUUUAUCUCCUAAGUCAAGUUUUGAGCUUCUGAAAGGAGACAGGAAUGCUCUACUCAUUGAUAUACGACCUGAGGAUCUCAGAGAGAAUGAAGGCAUUCCUGAUCUUCGACGUGCUGCUCGGUCUCGUUAUGCCAAUGUAACACUACCUGAGGUUGAUGGAUCAUUAAGGAAGUUACUCAAGAGUGGAAGAGAACUUGAUGACUACCUGCUAGCUGCUGUCAUUAGGAACUUGAAGAUUGUUCAAGACAGGUCUCAGGUUAUAGUUAUGGAUGCUAAUGGUAGUCGUUCCAAGGGCAUUGCAAGGUCACUCCGGAAACUUGGAAUAAAGAGGCCAUAUUUGGUCCAAGGUGGCUUUCAGUCUUGGGUGAAAGAGGGCCUCCGCAUCAAGGAGUUGAAACCUGAGACUGCAUUGACAAUCCUCAAUGAGGAAGCUGAGGCAAUUUUUGAGGAAAUCAGCCCGACACCGUUACAACUUGUUGGAUACGGAGUGGGUUUGGUAGCAGCAGCAUAUGCAUUGGGUGAGUGGGAGAAGACACUACAAUACAUUGGAGUUUUUGGCCUAUGUCAGACUUUAUACCGUCGAGUUUCUUCUUACGAGGAUUCAGAGGAUUUUAAACAGGAUAUGAGGCAACUUUUGGUCCCCGUUAGGCUAGGAGAACAGGCAAUGACAUGGGCAGUUGGUAAGUUGGAAACAAACCGUAGUCGUAAUGGCCUACCAACUUCACCUUCUUCAACUGAUGUCCAGAGCAGGGUGUUGCAAGCUGCUGCAAAGCAUGAAUCUCAACCAGAAAAUGAAGAGCUUCAAGAUCCGUCCCCUGAAACUGUGUCUUCCGUCAGUGAAAACGUUGAUCUUUCUGAAGCAUAGAAUAUUAAGUAGUUUUCAGCUAACUUUGAAUAGUUCAAUCGAAUGAUAUUGCAUGUUGCUGGAAUCCGUUCUGUAGAUUCAGUCAAAACACUGAUAUAUCAACCAAAUAAACCGCACCUCAAUUUUGUAUAGUCAAGACCCUGAAAUUCUUUUUUUCUUUAGUGAAUAUGUAAUGAUGUGCUGAUUAACAGGAAUGUUCCUAUAAGGAACUCUGUAUACCAGUCCCUUAUAGAGCCUAAAACAAUUUAAGUGGGGAUGAGCCUUUAAAAA